AUGGAGCAUUACGAGGUACUUGAGCAAAUUGGGAAAGGGUCUUUUGGGUCUGCUCAUCUUGUGAGACAUAGGCAUGAGAAGAAACUGUAUGUUCUGAAGAAAAUCAGGCUUGCUCGGCAGACUGGUAGGACAAAAAGAUCUGCUCAUCAAGAGAUGGAGUUGAUUAGAAAGAUAAACAAUCCAUUCAUUGUGGAAUAUAAAGAUUCUUGGGUUGAAAAGGGGUGCUAUGUGUGCAUUAUCAUAGGCUAUUGCAAAGGAGGAGACAUGGCGGAAGCGAUAAAGAAAAUGAAUGGUGUACACUACUCUGAAGAGAAACUCUGCAAAUGGCUUGUUCAGAUCUUGUUGGCUCUUGACUACUUGCAUGCUAAUCACAUUCUCCAUCGUGAUGUUAAGUGUUCAAACAUCUUCUUGACAAAGGAUCAAGACAUACGUCUAGGUGAUUUUGGACUGGCCAAGGUCUUAACAUCAGAAGACCUCGCAUCUUCAGUGGUUGGAACGCCAAGCUACAUGUGUCCUGAGCUACUAGCUGAUAUACCCUAUGGAUCCAAGUCGGAUAUUUGGUCGCUUGGCAAGUUUUAUCAUCCCAUGUCCAAGAUUAUUAACCUUUAG